AUGAUGUUCACUUCUUCCUACAAGAGGUAUCCAUUGGAAAUGUAACUUCUGCAUACGGAUUAAUUGGGUAAUAAAGCGAUUGUUAGCGUAUUUUUUGACAUCGGGGAUUUCUCAUCUGACUUUUUGUCUAAUAUUGGCUUUGAUCCCUAAAACAAUCCUAAAACAGCAGAGCAGCUAAGAGAUUUAGUUGAAAACUAGGAACUAUUGCUGGAAAACUCUAUACUUAAUCUCAAGUCAUUAAUCGACGAGCCAGAGGAGUAUUUGAUGUACGAAGGAAGUAUGACUGAACCUAACUGUGAAUCAAGCGUCAUGUGGAUUCUUCUAGCAUAAACCAUAUCACUUUCCAAGGAUCAACUUGAUUAUUUCCCAACCAGGUUAUUGUCUUAGUACAGAUAAAUUAAGGCAAGAUAAAAUAGAAAGGUAUCUUUAGUUUUGAAAAAUCAUGCUAAAGUGAAAGAGCAUUAGGAGUUGCAAGCAAAGCCUGUUGAGGAGGCUGAAACUUUAUACUCUAAUCUUGAAAUUUAGUAGCCAGCAAAGACUAUUAAUGGAUUAGUAAUCGAUCAUCCUAAUGGUAUUAUGAUCCCAAAGAAAUUCACAAAAUCUCAAAAAAGCAGUGAAAUUGAUAAAUUGUCAAUUAAAGAGCUAGGAAAAUCUGUUAGUGAAGGUCUAAUUAAUAAUAAUGAAGAUAUUUAGGCUGAUAAAUCAGUCGUUUAAAAUUAGGAAACUAAAAGUUAGGACUAAGCUAAAUUAGAUUAGGCAUUAUCCCAGAAAUCUAAUUAAAAUAACAAUUAUGCUGAAAGGUAUCACAAAGAAACUGAGGCUGAUGAAUUAUUUAACGAUUUUAUGAACGAUUUCUUUACACCUUCGACUUCAUCAACUUCAAAAUCUUCUAAAUCAUUUAUACAGAAUUCUUUAAAUUCUCAGGUAAAAGCAGCUUCCAACCUCACAACUUAAGAAUUUAUAGACUAAAAAUAAGAUUUGUUGCAAACUAGUGUAUAUAAAUAAGGAAUGAAGAAGCUUCUUAACAAUGAUAUUUUUAAGUAGGUUGAGUAAACAGUUAAAGCAAUUUAAAAUUCAUUCUUAGAAAGCUCAAAGAAUAAAAAUGAUGUCUAAAGAUUCACUUCAAACUACAACUAUAAAACUAACAAACAAGCCUAUUCUAGUUUUUUCAAGAAAAGCUCUCAGGAUUAGUUGGCUGUUCCUUAGCAGUCUAAAUUGGAAAAAUUCAACGACAAAAUUAUUGAUGAAAUGUUGGAUAGAUACAACAGCAACCAUGAAGUAUCAUCUAAACUUAAUGAGUAACUAGCUAAAAAUAUUGGCUCUUCAGCUUCUAAUGUUUUCGACGUUAAAUUUAAUGAUAUACACAUUGAAAAAUCAGUCAAUUAAACAUUGCACGGUGUUAAUAAACAAACUGAUGUUUUUAAUGAGAAUUAGAUGGAUCUAAUUAGAAAUAACUCUUUUUAGUUUGCAGGUGAUAUACUUGAAUAAAAACUUAAUAAUCAAAUGCUGAUUAAGCAAGACAGUCUAUAAAAUAGAGUUGCUGAUGAGGAUUAUUAAAGGUACCAUGCGAAUGUUAUAGUUGAUAAUGAUGCUCUGCUUAAGGAUAAAUCAUUCCAUGAUUCUUUAAAAUAGUCAAUUGUCAACAAAGUCAUUGAUCAAUUUCAAAGAAAGAUUGAAGAGGAGAGAAGAAAUACCAUACAUAAUGAUGCUUCUGACUCUUUAAUUGCUGCAAGCAAUUUAAGUUCUUUAUAUAAAUAAGACUCUCAAAAUUAAGCAAUUUUGACUUCCUUUUCUGAUUUCACAGACUUGCAAGAGGAUUAAUUAUCUACAUCCAAAUGGAUUGCUAAUCAAGCAGUAGUAGAUUCAGAUCCAUAGUAGAUUCUUGAAGUAAAGACUAACGAAAGAAUUAAAGUAAAGCCAGAUUAUGACUCAAUGAUUAAGAGAGGAGACAAUAAGUACAAUGGUUUAUUAAAAUUUAAUAAUAGUUCUCACCUAGCUCAACUAAGUGAUGCUUUAGAAAUUGAACUUAGGCGAUAGCUAGUUAGAGAUGAAUUCUAUGAUGGUCACUGGGAUGAUUCAACAUUGAUUGAAACUAAACAAGAACUUAUAGGAAAUAUUAUAGAUGAAUUAAGACCACAACUAAGGAUGAAAUCUGCAGAUGUUAUCCCUCUUAAGCAAAAUGAUAUUCAAGUCAAAUAACAAAAUAUUGUGUAGCGAAUACAGCUAAAAACUGGAUAAAAUCAAUCUCCUAUCAAUCUGAAUGGUAACUUCUUUAAUGAAAUGCCAGAUUAAGAAAUACAGUUUGGAAUGUUUGACAAACCCCAAGGACAAGCGAAAUUGAAGAAAAAUAAAGACACAGGGAUGCUUUUCUUUGAGGGCUCUUGGGGAUCAAUCAAAUAUUUAGGUUAACAGUUUACGAUGUAUGGAUUCUAUUUGCAUCUUCCAUCUGAACAUACAUUGAUUGAGAAUGAUUUGGAAUAGACAAUGAAAUAAUCUUAUCAUGUAAGAUAUGAAGGUAGUUUGACCUAUGCACCAUGCACUGAAAAUGUAACCUGGUUUAUUGUCCUUGAUAAAUUUACCAACAUAAGCAAAAUGUAAUUAGAGGAUUUGAAAAUCCUAUCUGGAAAGCAAAAUAAUGCUAGAGAUGUACAAUAAUUGAAUGGAAGAGAUCUCUAUAUUUCUUGA